AACUGGGAUUGGCUGGAGCUUAGAAUUACAUCGGGUUUCGAGCCGUCAUUACAUACGCAACCGCUAUAUCCGCGGUUUUGAAUAUUACGGAGUUCGGGUCUCUCAUCCGGCCAGUCUCUAAAACAUCCAGGCCAAAGUACCUUCUAUCUACAUUCGUUAAAUAAACCAAUACAUUAAUUGUUUACUCGUUAUUAAAUAUUAAUUAUUAAUUUUUAAUAUCAAGAUGGUAUGUUCUAUUGAUGAUGAUCUUGCUGACGAGUUGCCAGCGGAACAAAUUGCAGUUUUACGCAAAGCUUUUGACAGCUUCGACAGGGACAAGAGUGGAAGCAUCCCCACUGAUAUGGUAGCCGACAUCUUGAGAUUAAUGGGGCAGCCGUUUAACAAAAAAAUCCUCGAUGAAUUGAUCGACGAAGUUGAUGCCGACAAGUCCGGGAGGUUGGAAUUUGAUGAAUUCGUUACACUUGCAGCUAAAUUUAUCGUUGAAGAAGAUGCUGAAGCUUUAGAGAAAGAACUUCGUGAAGCUUUCCGACUAUAUGACAAAGAAGGAAAUGGGUACAUACCAACAACAUGUUUACGUGAAAUUUUGAGGGAGCUGGAUGACCAACUGACUGAUGAAGAACUAGAUAUCAUGAUUGAAGAAAUUGACUCUGAUGGCUCUGGAACUGUUGACUUUGAUGAAUUCAUGGAAAUGAUGACCGGAGAAUAAAUCAGCCGCUGCUUUUUUGCAAUUAUUUACAAACCGUUAAACUACAUAAAUUAAA